AUGGGAACCUGCUGGCCUAAGCCUGUAGAUAAUCAUCCCACCACCACAUCUUCUAGUCCAGUUCAUAAUGAUGCAAAGUUGAUCAAGAACAGCAACAGCAACAGCAACAGCAACAUUCAUGAAGACAGUAGGCUUUCAGCGGCUGAUCCAAAUCGUGGUGGAGAAGUAAGCGUCGGAGGCAGGGACCAUCAGGGUGUUCCUCCAAGCGAGAAUACGACAAUGAGGAAUUCUGCAGUAGCGAGAGAUGUCGAUAACAAUAGCCAAAUGAUCAACAUGGCACGGACCUUCACAUUUGAAGAACUUGCAAUGGCGACCCAAAAUUUUAGAGAAUCUAAUUUAAUCGGGGAAGGAGGUUUUGGAAGUGUUUACAAGGGCUGCCUAGACUCUGACAUGGCAAGUUCUGUUUUACUAUGCAUUCAAAAUGAUGAAAAUUCCAUGUUUGUUGUUUGGAAUUUAUCUUAUCUUACACUGAUGUGA